AUGACCACCGGAAUCGCCACCACCUUCACCAGCCAGUUCCUCGGUCGGCCUUCUACCAGUGGCAAUCUCCAGUUCCCUGCAUCCUAUUCCCGUGCCUCCAAUUCCCGUGCCUUCAAUUCCCGUGCCUCCACUCGCACUCGUUGCGCUGCCACCAAGUCUGUCAUCAGUGAUGGUUCGGAUCGCAACAAGGCGGCUUCUUCCCGUGCCCACGGGAAGCCGGCCGUGUCAAGGCGGUCGCGCGGCGCCGAGCCGGCUGCCGCCAUGACCGCCGUGGCCGGGCCUCUCUGCGACUCGACUUCUCCCUCUUUGCACACCGUGCUCGAAUCUCCUCACAAGACCAGCCACGACAUCAUGGCGACCCCCUGGGACUGGGACACCAACGAGCAGCAGUCAACAGCGCCGUCGCAUGUGCAGCCGAAAGCGGCACAUGAGAGUGUUGCGAGCAAGCUGUGCAACGCCAUUGAGCGAUGGCUCAAUGCAACGGUCAAAGCGCCGCCCAGCAGGACAUUCCUUGAGGGGAGCUUUGCCCCUGUGGAGAACGAAAAUGGGCCAAUCACUGACCUCCCCAUCACCGGCCAUCUGCCAGAGUGUUUGAACGGUGUGCUGCUGCGCAACGGUCCCAACCCCAGGUUCACGCCCACCUUCAACUACCACCUCUUCGACGGUGACGGGUGCGUACCACUGCGUGCACACGGACGCGCACGCCCCCUUGGUUUCCCCCUGCCUUCUCAGUCGCUUCCUCCUGGCUUUCUUCUGCCUUCUCAAUCGCUCCCCCCUGGUUUCCCCCUCCUCCACCUGCUCCCCUCCCCCUCUCCCCGCCCUCCCAGCAUGCUGCACAGCGUGCGCAUGAAGCACGGCAAAGCCAGCUACGUCAACCGCUACGUGCGCACCAGCCGCUUCACACAGGAAGACGCCCACCAGCGCGCCAUGUUCCUCAAACUCAGCGACCUGGUGGGGUACGCCGGGCUGGGCAGACUCCUCUUGGAGCAGCUGCGGUGCUGGCUGGGGGUGCUAGACAGGUCGCAGGGGAACGGCACGGCCAACACAGCUCUUGUCUUCCACGCGGGGCGGCUUCUGGCUCUUUAUGAGGCCGAUGCGCCGUAUGUGAUAGAAGUGAAGCCCGAUGGGGACCUGGAGACCAAAGGCAGGAUGACUUAUGACGGGCGGCUCACACACCCGUUCACUGCGCACCCCAAAGUGGACCCGGUAACCGGCGAGCUCUUUACGUUUGGCUGCGAGCCCGAUGCUCGGUACCUGACCUACCGAGUGGUGUCCAAAGCAGGCGAGAUGGGCCCGCCCGUGCGCGUCUCCAUCCCAGCGCCGACACUGAUGCAUGAUUUCGCCAUCACGGAGAACCACGCCGUGUUUCUCGACCUUCCGCUGGAGUUCACACCUCGCGAGGUCAUCAACAACAAGAUGCCGUUCCUAUGGAACCCGGACCGGCUGGCCAGGUUCGGCGUUUUGCCUCGGUACGCGGAGAGUGAGGCGGAGAUGCGGUGGUUUGAGCUGCCGCCACUGUUCAUCUUCCACACGGUCAACGCGUGGGAGGAGCAGGCGGAGGGAGGCGAGACGGAGGUGGUGCUGAUUGCAAGCCUUCAAUUCUUCACCCUCAUGCUUCCUCUCCCCCUUCCCAUGCUUCUCCCCACCUUCCAUGUGCGCCUCACACAUGCCUCUCCCGCUCGCCUCACACAUGCGUCUCACUCUCGCCUCCGCAGCUACGAGUUCCGAUUCAACCUGGCAACGGGGAAGGCGUCGCAGCGCCAGCUCACCUCCUUCAGCUGCGACUUUCCGUGCAUGCAUGGGGGCUACACUGGCCGUAAGCAGCGCUAUGUGUAUUGCGCGACCUUCGAGGGUGAAAACAUAAGUGGAGUGGUCAAGGUCGAUCUCUCCAAGUCCCCAGACCUCUCAGCACCGCACCCGGCUGUCAGCGGCUGCAUCUCAGGGCUCUUCAAGUACGGAACUGGCAGGUUCGGCUCCGAGCCUGUUUUCGUGCCUCGCAGUGACGAGCCUGGGGCAGAGGAGGAUGACGGUUACGUGCUGUCAUUCGUGUAUGACAGCAACACAGAUGCAUCAGAGGUGGUGGUGCUGGACGCAAGGUCACUCGCCCCACAGCCUGUCGCCACCAUCCACCUGCCGCAGCGCGUGCCAGCGGGCAUCCAUGGCAUAUUUGUGUCCGAGGAUCAAUUAACCACUCAGAUUUCAAACUCGGAAAGCAAUGCUGCAGUCCACGGUAGUCGUAAUUGGAGCACAAGUCGCCGAAAUGGUUGCCUGGAUGGCCAAUUGCCGUUGCAUGCAUUAGAGGUACCAUCAUAG